CUUUAACCUAGGGUAGCCGAUUAACUCUACCCCAAAGCCUUUUGCUCUUUCAACCUUUUUUUUCCCCCUCUUCUAUUGCUCUUCUCUUUCCCGCAAAGUAUACAAAUAUAUUCAUGCAUCACUUCUACUAGAGAUCAACUUUACUUGCGAACCAAGGAAAAGGAAUACCCCCCUUUUUUUCUUUUUUCUUUUCUCUUCUAUUCAGUUCCUGAAUUCUAUCCUAUUACCAUCCAAAACUCACCAGAAAUAUACUAUAAGUAGCAACUAUGGAUGAUGCCUGGGAGAACUUUCUCGAGGCCAUUGCCGGACUCUUGUCUAAGGCAUUGACAGAUAAGGAAACAGAGAAGGUCAUCGCCGGAUUUAACAAUUUUCAGCAGCGGUUGCAAAGACUAAGCAGUCAUAAUCUCCGAAGGCUCCAUCUGGAGAUUACAGAGAACGAAAAGCAAAUCAAUAAAUGCAAACAUGAGGGCAAGACAUGUACCCAGAAUGUUACAAGAGGCUUCUUCAAGACCUGGGCCAUUGGCUAUGUGGCCAAGUACCUGAUUGCAGUCUUGCCUGCACUCUUGACAGGCAAAGCUUUUAAGAAUCCGAAUAUCCUCAAGAAAAGUGGCGGAAGUGACACUAUACGCUUUGCAUUCUUCCUCUCAUCAUUCAUAUCAACCUAUAAGGGUGUGCUCUGCACUAUGCGCCAAUUCAGGCCUGAUCACGAAGGAGAUCGACUCAAUGCAUUUGUGGCAGGGUCCGUCGCAGGACUGACAUUGACAUUGGACAAGAACAAGAGCCGCAGGACUGCGCUUACUUUAUAUAUUUUCACAAGAUCGAUCCAAUUUGGAUCAAGCUAUGCCAUGAAAAAGUGGGCAGAAUACCGUGACGCCAAACGAUCUCGAAAUCGUCUUGCUCUUAGAGAUGCGGUAGAGCGAUCGGGAGAGAAGCAGGAGUUGAUCACUAGAAACGGGUGGGAUGAUAUCCUUGCAAAAGUUAUGACUGUUUCUGCUGCAACGAUUCUGAUGUCGUUGACAGCUUCUGUGAACUUGUAUUCGUGUGUGAUCGAGCCCGAGGCGCUCCCACGGUCGUACUGGAACUUUUUAAUGCAACAUUCUGGAUUGCCACAGAAGUUUGGACCUAUGUUCCCACCACUUAUGGAGACUUUCAAGGCGCAAUACAAUAUUCUCAAAGAGUUGCCUGGCGGAAUGGAGAACGUAGGAAUUCCAAAAGGCAUAUCAUCUAGGGAUUUCGUGGCAGAGAACAUGUCUCCAAACAUUGCAACCUUGAUCCCGGCUCAUCUGCAUCACGAUUUCCAGCUCUGCGCUCUAUUGCAUCCGCUAACGCCGUGUUCCGCACAUGCCUUAGACGUGAUCACGGGCGAAUUCGGACGAGCCCUCAAGAUGUAUGGAACACUCAAUUUUAUCGUAACCCUUGUCUUCCAGCAUAAGAAGCUGGCCACUCAACCUAAGGAAGUUGCUCACCGCUAUGUCAAGUCAACCCUGCGAUCUUGCUUAUUCUUAACUACCUAUGUCUUGGCCGCCUUUUACGUCCCAUGCCUUAUGCGCAAGAUUUUCAAGAAGGAGUUUCUUGGCACUUACCUCGUCAAUGGUCUUAUUGCAGGAUUGGCUGUCUUGAUAGAGGCCCCUGGUCGUCAGAUGGAAUUAGCACUUUACUGUUUGCCUCGUGCUCUUGAAACCGCCUGGAAUUUAUUGUUGAAACGUGGUCUUGUACGCAACAUCUCUCAUGGUGAUAUUGCAUUGUUCAGUGCCUCCAUGGGUGUUAUGAUGAGCCUGUAUCAGAACGACCCAAGUGUGAUCAACAAGCACUAUCUUACAGUCCUGACUCGCGUGUUUGGACGUAAUUAGAGAAGAGUAGUGGAGAUAGAGAGUAAUAGAGGCUUCUAUAGACCUUUAACCCAUAGUUGGAUUGUCUUUACAUGAAAAGGAGACUCCCAAUGAAACAAUCGCAGGACAAACCACUCGUUUCGAACAUUACAAAGGACGAGAGUCUUUUUUUUUUUUAGAUCAGCAUGACAAAGCCAC